GCUUGUACGAUUACGACAGAAAGCAACAAGAAGUUUCCAAAAUGGGGCUUGAAAGUACUAUGGUCUGUGUGGACAACAGUGAAUACAUGAGAAAUGGAGACUUUCUACCAACGAGGCUACAGGCUCAACAGGAUGCUGUCAACAUUGUUUGCCACUCCAAAACACGAAGCAAUCCAGAAAACAAUGUGGGCCUCAUCACAAUGGCAAAUAACUGUGAGGUCCUGACCACACUGACACCAGAUUCUGGACGCAUCCUGUCCAAACUCCACGCUGUCCAGCCCAAAGGAAAGAUCUGCUUCUGCACAGGCAUCAGAGUGGCCCAUCUGGCUCUAAAACACAGACAAGGAAAAAACCACAAGAUGAGGAUCAUCGCCUUUGUUGGGAGUCCUGUGGAGGAUAAUGAAAAAGAUCUGGUCAAGUUGGCAAAGCGCUUGAAAAAAGAGAAAGUGAAUGUGGAUAUUAUCAACUUCGGAGAAGAGGAGCUGAACACAGAGAAGCUGACUGCUUUUAUAAAUACUUUAAAUGGGAAGGAGGGGACAGGCUCCCACCUGGUCACAGUUCCUCCAGGGCCCAGUCUGGCUGAUGCGCUGCUUUCCUCUCCCAUCCUGGCUGGUGAAGGAGGCUCUAUGAUGGGUCUUGGUGCUAGCGACUUUGAGUUUGGUGUGGAUCCCAGUGCCGAUCCAGAACUUGCCCUGGCCCUUCGUGUAUCAAUGGAGGAGCAGCGACAGAGGCAGGAGGAAGAGGCCCGCAGAGCUGCUGUUGCUUCUGCAGCUGAGGCGGGCAUGCCCACACCCAGCGCAGACGAGUCAGAAGAGGCCUUACUGAAGAUGUCAGUAUCUCAGCCUGAGAGUGGUGCGGCAGUGCUUCCUGACUUCAGCAGCAUGACAGAGGAGGAGCAGAUUGCCUACGCCAUGCAGAUGUCUCUUGCUGGAGGAGAGUAUGGAGAAAUGGAUACAGAAGCCCCCAUGGACACUGCAGAAUCUGCCAAGGAGGAAGAUGACUAUGAUGUCAUGCAAGACCCUGAGUUCCUUCAGAGCGUCUUGGAGAACCUACCUGGUGUUGACCCAAACAACGAGGCCAUCCGCAACGCCAUGGGCUCCCUGGCCUCCCAGACCGGAAACAAGCCAGAGGGCAAAAAGGAUGAAGAGAAGAAGAAGUGAGGAACUAAAGAGAUGGACACAAUCUUUAGACAUCAUGUAGAAAAAAACAACUGAACAAUUGCAGACUAAUGCAGGAUUACUUUAAUAUAUGAAAAUAUUGCUGAUGCAUUGUCGCACUGAUAGGCCAGCAUGAGACCGCAUUCUGACAUUUAAUACCAUCUUUUUCUGUCAGACUCAAAAGCACCAGUGUAACAGUACUGAAUGACUAGUGUAAAAUUGGACUGCCCUGUAAUAUAAAUUGAUAUCAUCCUAAACAUGUAAUAUGGCCCCACUCUCAUAUUGCCUUGUACGCUCUUUACCCCACAUUUUGUCUACAUGGUAUAAUUACUGAUAAUUGACCCAUGAGGAGAGACUUUGUGAUGACAGGCUCUUAAACAGUUAGCCACACUCCUGUCAUGUCUUUGUGUUUUUUGCAAUAAAAGCUAUGUAUAAAUA